AUGGACUCCAGUAACCACCCCGGGCCGGCCGGGGGCAGGGGGGGAUUCGGAGGCCUCUUCGGCGGGGGCUCCCCGGGAUACUCACACUCUGACCUGGCCGGGGUACCGCGUGAGUAUGGCGGGUCACACCGGGCGAGAUAUCACGGCUAUUCACUAAGGGGCGAGAUCUCAGGAACAGACUCUCUAUAAACAGUGACCCCAGACCGGCUAAUCUCACCCUGAAAUCUAACCCUCACCCCUGAAAUCUAACCCUCACCCCUGAAACCUAACCCUCACCCCUGAAACCUAACCCUCACCCCUGAAACCUAACCCUCACCCCUGAAACCUAACCCUCACCCCUGAAAUCUAACCCUCACCCCUGAAAUCUAACCCCCCUCGCCCCGAAAUCUAACACCCCUCGCCCCGAAAUCUAACACCCCUCGCCCCGAAAUCUAACACCCCUCGCCCCGAAAUCUAACACCUCAGGGAAUAGUCCUCAGUAAAUUUAGUGCAGGGAAUGAGACCUUCAUCUCCCCACAUACCUAGUAACACAUCAAGAAUAAAUAUUCAGGAAUUAGAAAUUAUUUAGUAGUUCUUCCCUAAAUGUAUAAAGAAAAAACAUAGCUGAUUUGGAUACAAUAUUAGACAAUGUAGAGGAUACUUUCAGGGUUAUUUACUAUUAUAUAGCUUUGUUUCCAGUUAUUUUGGUCUGAUGUUUAAAGUUGGCUUUGAAUUUAGCUUUGAAUUUAGUACCAUAGACCCUUCCUCUCUCAUUCUCAUCCUAUAAAGGAGUGAGGUUUUUAGUGGGAUAUAUUUUUAAUUACCAGAGAUGAUCCCCAUAAGCAUUUAUUUUAGGGGCAUCUAUGGUCCCUUUGACUUAGCAUUAGGCCUAGUGAAUCAACCUCUUAUUUUUUUUUUUUUAUUAUUAUUUGCUUGUUCUAUUUUCACAGAUUAACAUUAAAAUGCAAACUGGAUUCGGUCAUAAUUAGUCAGUAAUUCAAUUAUAUUUUUCUUCUUUUCAGUAACAGGAAUGAGUCCUCUUUCACCCUACUUAAAUGUGGAUCCAAGAUAUUUAGUACAGGUAAGAAUGUAAGCACUAUUUAAAGUGAACGUGUCAUGACAGAUAUAGGUAUCCAUGUGGCUUGACUCGUGUUAUGUAAUGAAGUAUUUCUUCUCUUGAAUACUACUGUCACCUCCAACCCUGAUUCAAAAUGAGUAUUUCAUAAAGAUAAAAUCUGUAUUAAAUACUUUCAUAAACCUUCUAAGGUUAUACUAAGACAAAGUAUUUUUCUUACACUAGACAAAUGUUGUAGCUAAUUUUUGUGAAAUGAAAACCUCGGCUGUCUCUAGUGGUGAUUAAGUGGAAAAUAUAGUGCUUUCCUAUUGGGAUUUUGUUUACAAAAGUUGCCUAACCACCCGGAAGUCCCUCUAGUGGCUGUCUGGUGGACUGCCACUAGAUGUGUAGUUACCCUUCCAGGUAAUUAUUGCAGUUUAUCAAAAAUAGCAGUUAUUACAAUUGCAGGGUUUAACUCACAGGGACACUGCACCCAGUCAAUUCAAUAAGCCUGGUGCCUAUAGUGUCUUUAAGGAGCUUGUAAAGCUAGCAUUGAAUUUGAUGUGGUAUAAUGCAGGCAAUUUUAGAACUUGAUCAAUUGCAAAGAAUUAGGAAACUCAUAGUCUAACUUUUCAGACCAGUACUUUAGAGGGACACUUUAGACACCCAGACCACUUCAGCUCAUUGAAUGGUCUGGGUGCAUAGUCCCAGGUCCCUUGACUCUCCAAAUAUAAUUGUUGCAGUUUUUAAUAAACUACAAUAAUUAGCUUUGAGGAUUAACUCCACCACUAGGGGCACUAUAAUUUCCCUUUAAUGUAAUGGCAAGCAGAACAGAGAUGUAGUGCCUGUGUGGCCACCACAAGAAGGCAUUGUGUGAUAGUGAAUUGUUCUGCUGCUUAUGAAACAUUGGUGUAAAUUGGUUUCCUGUUUUUAUAGUCUGGACGGUACAAUCCCCAUCUGUGGAUUUGUAGAUGGUCCUGUAUAAGGAGGUGUCUUUAGGCCAUUGGUUAGUGAUGUAAGGUCAGCAGCGGUAGUAGCGGUGCUCACAUUCGAUGUAUUCUGGUAUGCCAGUGGCUAGUGCUCCAGUAAGAAAAAAUAUAAAAACAAAAAAUAGUGCUCUCUGUAAUGUUAAAAUAAUAAAUAAAAGGAGAUAUACUCGCAAAGGAAGAGCAAAUAAGUAUUGCUCAAUCCUUAACAGCAUAGGUGAUAUGUUCCCCACGAAGGAAUAUGUAGUCCUCCGGGUAAAACCCUCAAGGAUGCAGAUAAGAAAUUCGAGAUUUUUUUUUUAUUUAUUUAUUUUUUAAAACUAGUUUUAUUAACUAUUUAUUUUAGGCGGCUCUAAACGCCGCCAGGCGUAAUAGUAUGCCCUCCAGUCUUUCCUUACUUACCUGGUUGCCGGCGGUCGGGACUCCCAUAUAGGUCGGGGCCUAUAUAUAAAUAAAAAUAUUUUUAAAAAAUUAUAUAUAUUCACAUACGUGUGUGUAUAUAUAUAUUCUACAUAUAUAUUUAUGUAAUAUUUUUACGUAAUCUUAAUUACAAUUAGCGGGACCUGCCUGACAACCCAUGCCAAAAGUAAAGGGAAUUUAAUUUGCUAGCACUAUAUUUAACCCUAUAACUUUCCAAGACACCAUAAAACCUGUACAAGGGGAGUACUGUUCUACUCGGGGGACUUCGCUGAACACAAAUAUUAGUGUUUCAAAACAGUAAAAUGUAUUACAGCGAUGAUAUCGCCAGUAAAAGUGACGUAUUUUGCAUUUUUCACGCACAAACAGCACUUACACGGACGCUAUUAUUGCUGCAAUACUUUUUACUGUUUUGAAACACAAAUAUUUGUUCAGCGAAGUCUCCAGAGUACAACAGUACCCCCCAUAUAUAGGUUUUAUGGUGUUUUCAAAAGUUACAGCGUCAAAUAUAAGGCUUGUUUAAUUUUUUUCACAUUAAAAUUCGCCAGAUUGGGUACGUUGCCUUUGAGACCCUAUGGUAGCCCAAGAAAGAAAAUGACCCAUAUGAUGGCAUACCAUUUGCAAUAGUAGACAACCCAUGGUAUUGCAAACGGGGUGUGUCCAGUCUUUUUUUUAGUAGCCACUUAGUCACAAACACUGGCCAAAAUUGGCGGUUUUUGAAUUUUUCACACACAAACAAGUACUAACGCUAAAUUUGGCCAUUGUUUGUGACCAAAUGACUACUAAAAAAGACUGGACAUACCCCAUUUGCAAUACCUUGGGUUGUCUACUAUUGCAAAUGGUAUGCCAUUAUUGGUGUAAAUUUAAUUCCUGGGCUACUAUAAAGUCCCAAAGGCAACGUAACCAAUCUGGCGAAUUUCAAUUUCAAAUGUAACGUGCUAUAUUUGACCCUGUAACUUCCCAAAACGCCAUAAAACCUGUACAUAGGGGGUACUGUUUUACACGUGAGACUUUGCUGAAUACAAAUAUGUGUAUUUUAUUGCAGUAAAAGCAAACAGUAUUAUGACAUUGACCGUUAAAAUGUCAUGUAGAACUAAAAAAAUAAAAAAAAUCUUAUUUUCUCCCAUUUUUUUCAUAUUAAAUUAUGUUUCAUAGCUAAAUAUUUGAUAUUAAAUGAAAGCCCUGUUUCCCCUGAAUAAAAUGAUAUAUAAUAAGGGUGGGUGCAUUUACUAUGAAAGAGGUGAAUUACGGUUGGAUAGACAUGUAGCGCAAAUGCCAGGUUUUGUUUACAUUUUGUUUCGUUCAGAACGUGUACAUUUGGCUCCGUCCUUAAGGGGAUAAUAAACAAAAUAACAUCCAAACGUAGGGUUUUUUUUUUGUUUUUUUUAUAUCAGUGCCCCCCAUAGAGUGGGUGUGAAAUGAAUAAGAGAAGAAAACUGUAAUUAUUUGAAGGGGGAAAUAUAUUUACCUGCUUUUUUUUUUUUCAGCCUGCAGUUUGAGGCAACUGUGUCAUUCAAAGCUAAAGCUUUUCAAUGAGACAUACACUGAGUAGUCUCAGGGAUACAUGUCCCUUUAAGUGUGAAUAAAAUGUCUGAGAGCAUUUUUUCCACAUUCAUGCAUAUAUUUUUUUUUAUAUAUAUAUAUUUCAGGUGCCUCUAAAGCAAAAAGAAUUUGUAUUUUUAGCUUUUAAAUUCGUCUUUGGUAGUUAACGCUAACAUUAUGCUUGUGCAAGCUCCAACCGGACACCUUUCCUAACCUUGUCCCCAACCUAAAUCCUACACUAUCUAACGUCCUAACAGAGGUUUUCUGUGCGGUAACGGCAUGUCCUAAUGUCAUGAAGGGGUUAAAUAUAUGGUGAUAUUUUGGGCACCUGCUUUAAAGAAUGUCAAGAGGAAAAUUGCAUAGGCUGCUGUAAAAUUAUUAAGGGAAAAUAGCCUUUCUGUAAACUAUAUGUUAGAUAUACAUAUAGGAUAGUAAAAGCUAUUCUAUGUAAUGUUAACAUAGGAAUAAUACUGUGUUCUGUAAUGCCUUUUUAUCUUGAUAUGUAUUGUCGUUUUUUUUUUUUUCUUCUUUUUGUUUUUUUUAAGUGACGUAAACCAUAAAUUAAUGAGUGGAUAUAACUUUAAAAAAAUAUAUACAGGGAAAUAUGAAAUAGUCCUAUUGACUGCUGGAAUUUCACUGAAAUUCCAACCCAGUCGAAAAAUAUACUAAGACAAUGUAGGGACUAUUUUGUUUCAGUAUUUUUCCUCCACCCAACAUUUCAAUUUCCAGACACUGGGCGGAGCUAGAAGUCAGCCUCCUCCUCCCCACCCCCCGAGCCGUCACAUUUCAGUCGAUGGAGCAUCCCACAGUGUUUAGGGGGCAGGGAAGUAUAUUGCAAGAGAUAAUUAGUACAUAUGGUAAAUGCUUCCUGAUUCAAUAUGAAAUGUCUGCCAUUUUCCAGUUAAAAAGAUACUCCAAGCACUUUAGUUUCAUGAUUGCAAAUCGAUUAAUACUGUUGGAUGCAGGAGUUGAGCACCAGUCUAGGUGCUCCUAGACGAUGCAGUGAAAAUAUUACGAAACCAAAAUAAAUGGGAGGAAACCAAUCAGUGGGCAUUCUGUUAAACACAAGAGAAACCUUAUGUGUCAUGCCAUUGUUAAUCCAUUCUUAAAAGCCGUUUGUUUUUUUCCUUCUAGGAUACAGAUGAAUUUAUUUUACCUACAGGUGCAAGCAAGACGCGGGGGAGGUUUGAACUAGCAUUUUUUACCAUUGGUGGCUGUUGUAUAUCAGGUUUGUAAUUGACGAGACCAAGCUCUUUUGAUAAUCAAUUAGAAUAAAUUAAUUUUUAUGUCCAGCUAUGCUAAUCAUCCAGUAUCAUUGAUGCUUAUUGUUGGGAAAAGUCUAAAUAAAAAUAAUUAUUGGUGAAAACAUAAAUUUGUGAUGGGAAGUGCUGUUUUGUUUACAAGUAGGUUAUACUAUUUCUACCAAAAACAAUACUUUAUGUAGCUACAGGUACUUGAGGUCAGUCUGAAAUAAUGUACUUUCACAUGGUAGAAUUUGUAAGAUUACCAAAACUUAGUUUGAUUCUGAACAGAACUAUCUCGCACUAAGACAAAGGUUAACUGAUCAAUUUCUUCCCUUGUGGGUUCAGGGAAUGAAUUCCUGAUCAGGCAUCCCAUUCUCUCUGGAAUAAUGAAUAGCGUAGCAUAAUGGCCGGCAUGUACUGUCUGCCGAUUGAACCGCAAUGGUGGCGGUUUAUUAGUUACCCACAUUAAAACUACUGUUCUCUGUGAUGCAAUGGGAAGACAAAUCACCAUUCCAUAUAUUAUCGAAUGCAAAUGUGGGUUUGAUUUGACUGUGUGUUACGAAAUACAAGAAUGUUAGUGUGUGUGUGUGUUCCCAGCGGUAGUCAGCUGUCCAGUGCUUGCCCAUGCCUGCGAUUGUGUUACACUACUGGGAGAUAAAAGCGCUGCCGCUGCAUGCAUGGUGCCACAGUUGCCGUUCUGGUGGCUUGUGGCACCUGUAUCAGGUAGAGCUGUGCUUCCUCGAGAGUGCGCUGAACAUGCGUUUUGGCUGUUUAGUGCUAGUCUGGAAGCUCACAAGCAAUUCUUGUUGUUCAUGGUGGUUAUGUUUACCUCAGCUAGACUUCCAUGAGUUCAGUUAUUGACUUCUGUUUGAGGGCUUGUAGUGCGAUGAGUGGGCAGAUGUAUCUUUUUGCAUAUGUUGUGGUUGCAAAGGAUUCCCUUCCCCGUAGUAUUGUAGCUCCUUCCAGAGUAUGCUCAACACGGUCAUUUAUACACAGACACACAGCAUGGAGUCCCUCGUCACAGUACAAUGAUCCCGCCCUGAUGCCUCUGUCUGGGAGAUAAUUGAGUUGCUGCUCACUAAAUUAAUUAUUUCUCAGAUACAGAAAGCACAACAGAAAAAUAUACGUGAACCUAACACAUUAUACAUCCCCAGAUAGGUCUGAUCUGAGCGCCCAUGUUGACAAAAAAUAGCUCCUGGAUCAAUGAAAAGAUGACAAAACGCUACCGGGGUAAAGUUUUGACCAGCCGCACAUGUGGUCCAUGCCCAAAAGAGUUCCAGAGCGAUUAGUGCUUUGGCCGGUCAAAUAUCGGGAGCUCUUGUGGGUGAAUAAAGGGGCGCUUUUCCUUGCUCCCAGGGAGCGAUUGAUCAUCACUAUCUGAGGCACUUUUACUUCAAAAAGCACUCUUGUAGCUGGUAUGGAAGUAGGGGGAAACCGGGGUGGAAGUUGGAACUAUCCGGACCGGAGUACCAGACGAGUUGCACAUAAGUCCCGCUACAGUCUUUGUGGCUUUCUGGACUCCGGUUACUGUCAAGAAGAGUGCUUCAGGGCAGUUGGUUUGGAUUGGAAGUUGCAGGCGUAGUGAGGAUAAUCUUUUUGGCUUACAAAAUAAAGUCAACAAAAUUUAGGAUGAUUUGUCACAUGGAUAUUUGCAUAAAAGUAAGAACUUUUUAGAGGUUUUAGAGGCUCACAUUUCCUAGAAAGAAUAUUUAAAAAAAAAAUAUAUAUAUAUAUAUAUUUCUUCUUCUACUCAAAAAUAAAUUAUGCUAGACCAUAACAAACCCCAUCAUAAAGAUGGAGUGUUUUACAACAGUGAAAUAUUAGUCGGUAAUGAAGGGGUUUGUUUGUUUGUUUUUACUGCAGAACAGAGCAACAUUUUUUCUCUUAUAUGUAUAUUCCAACAAAUUUAAAUACUUUGUGAAAUUAGAAGUAAUACGUUUUAAAGAAAUCCUUUAUCUGCUGAUUCUAGAUUAGGCAUCUGCAAUCCUAUGGCACAUGAGGCUACUGGACCUAGAUGGGCCAUUUAGCUAAAUUAGAAAUUCUCCCCAACUGGCCUUGAGUGCCCCGGCGUCUGAGCGCAAGAACUUGCGGUCUGUACGUCCAGCAGAUGCUAACACUCUCUCGCACUCAAACGCCUCCUGUAGAGUCAGAUUAUUGUAAAUGCAAAACAGUGGCUGCAAAGGGACUUGUGGUCUGCAGCCACAGAAGGUGCAAACCAAGAGUUGCACCCACCAGACUAUCAGGGAACAACGAAGAUAUGUGCCCUCUCCGUGGCAAUAUAGAUAGAUAUGGAGAGACAUAGAUGAAUGUAUAGAUAGCAUUUUUUUAUUUUCUUUAAAGAAAGCAAUAUUUCUUAUAUGAAGAUCCUGGAAACCCCUCUCCCCACACAUUCUACAUAAAAUCGCCACACAUACACAUCCCUGCUAGCAACCCUACACGCACUACCACAGUGCACUCUGCACAUAAAAGUACUACAAGCAACAGGCAUCGCCACAAACACUGCACACACUUACAUACCAGGCAGCCUGUAAUCACACACACAACCCCACACGCAAUACCACCAGAUACUGACAUAACACACAGCACUCCUAAAAACACACACAUACUCACAAAACAGCCACCACACCCAUACAUAAAACAUGUGGAAUUCUUCAAUGUACGUAGACAUUACCUAAAAAAAGGAAACUAGGGGCGCAACUCUAAGGGACGGCAGUAAUGAAAGGUUGCUUUCCCCUGUUCUAUAUCCGUGUCAAUUUCGAGUUGCUUCACAGAAGUAAUCUAGCUACUUGCAACUAAUAGAAUUUCUUCUCUGAAACCAGCAGUGCUGGACAUUCACAUCUUGAUUGAUUAUUUGACUCUCUGGCAGGAUGAAGGUCCAUGCUCUCUUUGGUGGGUGCACUUUCCUUUCUCCUCUGUUAGGGUUCAGGUCACCCAAGAGGAUCUGAGCGUGAACAUUAAUACAUUUGUUUUCCUUGUUUCAAUACCAUAGAAUUAUCACCACCUUUUACCAUAACUGUCUGUAGGCAAGAACAAAUCAAUCUGCUCUCCCUGCGUUAGGGAAAUGUUAAAAUGAAAGCUAAGAUCCUCUAUCCCACACAGAGAAGCAAAUAUAUAUGUAUAUAUCACUUUAAAAGACCACUGCGUGCACCAAAUGAAGAUUUUAUUGUCCGAGGUGGUCUGGGACUUUGUCUUUAUGGAUGAGGUUAAAAUGUUAAAGAAUGGUUUAACCCCAAAUCCUGUUUGUUUUCAGUAUGGAGUUUGGAGAUCUAAUGGUUGAUUGUCUUUUUCCGUUUACCAGGGGCUGCGUUUGGUGCAUUGAAUGGUUUGCGACUUGGGUUUAAAGAAACUCAGAAUAUGGCAUGGUCCAAACCCAAAAAUGUUCAGUAAGUAUAGAAUUUCAACAUCAAGGAACAAACAUAACAGACUGUGUCUAAUAAUAUACAAAUGAUAAAUACACAGAAAAACAUGUCUAAGGAGCACAGUCUCAAAUACUCCCUUAUCUCCAAAUAAUUAAAAACAAAAUGUAGAAUUAAUAUAGACAUGUCUCACUUGUGCAUACAGUGUUAGGAUCACAAAAUGGAAGUUGUAGCUGCUAAUCAAGCAGCUGCCAGAUGGUGGCAGUAUAUACAUAUUGGUUACAAACCGUGAGACCUUUUCGGAUAUAUUAAGCAUUUAAGACUCAUUUUGUCAUGUUUAAUGAUAUUUUGAGUAAAAUGUUUUAUAGUGUUACUUAAUUUUGUAGCAAUUCAUUAAAUUCUUGCAUUUUUAAUCUUUCUAAAAAGCUGUUAAAUCUGGGGAAACCAACCAGCAGCAGACCCUUUAGUAUUAAAAAGGAUCUCCUUUCUAUUCUUUGAAGUUUAUAUUUUAACUGCAUAGGAUUCAAGUUGCAUCUGUUGUGACUAACGUGCUUUGGUGUCCCCUUAAAGAAUUUAAAAUGUAAUCUAUAUAUUAUGGUAGCCAAAUUACUUUGACAUUUCUAAUGAAAAUCUUUUUAACUGAACCUUCUUGUUUGUUACUACUAUGCCAUCGGUAAAGUUGAAACUCCAUGAACUCCUAGCAUCCCCUCCUCAUUUAUACUAAUCGUAUGGUACAUUGUAUAGACCUGUGGUUUCAUUGGCACAGAAAAUGGUUAUGCAUAUACCUGUGUAAUGAGUAUCCUCACAAUUUGUGUAUAUAACUUUAAAGGAUGUUCAAACACCAUAACCACUACAACUUAUGGUGUGAAACUGCUUUCAAGCAGGCUUGACCACAUACGCGCCAUAUUGCUAGUACUACAGUCAAUGCAUAAGCAUUGUCAAUUUUGUCCAUAGUUAGAUCGCAUUAAUUUGCUGAGAUUGUAAUACGAUCAGCUCAGCCAAUCGGUGCCAUCCAAAUUUGGAUGUAGUUGAUUUUAAGUGGAAGUGUAACUUCUGCAUUAGCAGUACAGUAAGCAAUAGGCUGGGCCACGGGUGACCUUUAAUUUGUUUCAAACGUCUUAAAAACAAUAGGUAGCAAGGAUUCUAAGCAGUUUGAUAAAAUUCCCUUAUAAGAGCAGUUUUAUUCAUUAUUGUUAACGCACCGUCCUAUUCUGCAUGUCUGUGACGUGGGUAACCAAAGCAUAUUAAGGUGCUCAGACAAGUUUGUUUAAAAACCCAGUGGUAGUCUGCUAUCCUGUCUGUUACGGUGUCUGUGAUAGCGUUUUACUGCUGGGAGAUAAAGGCACUGCCACCACAUACUUGGUGCCACUGUCCCCGUUCUGGUGGCAUGUGACACUUGUAUUGGGUAGUGUCGUGUUUCCUCGAGAGUGCGCUGGACUUGUGUAGUUCGGUGCUAGUCUGGAAGCUUACAUGUAUUCUCAUGUAAAUUAAUAUAAAUUGUGACAAUUCUAAACGUAAUUUCUUAAUGACUAGCAGUAUAUGGGUCGCCAAACAAAUGUUUUACUUCUUUAGUAGUUGAUCGGUUUAAAAAGAACAGGGCUCUUUCCUGUUUCAAGUAUUCAAAGAGACUGUCAGGGUGACUUUAAUUGUGUAACAAGUUACGUGAUUAGGGAGACCUGUUUGUUAAAUGAUGUACUUUCCUAUGUGUGCUUUUCUGUGUGUGUGUGUGAUCUUUGAAAACCAGAUACCGUAGCUGUCAGUGAGACGUGCUUCUUAGCAGCACAUCACACAGUGGAACUGUAAACCACAGGUCAUAAAUAGUGCAGGAAACACAGGCUGUAUACUAAAAUGUUCUGUUAUUCAUUACUCAGUAGGGUUUUUGCUUUAGCUUCUGGCCUGAAAAAAAUAUGCUGGGUGGCCAUGUUUGACAAAGACCUGCAAUCUUGCCAAGUCAGAAAUGUAAUUGCUGAUAAAUAUUUUGAACGAGCAUGCAACAAUCACAGCAUGCCUUAAUUUAGGUACUAAUAAUCUGUUCUUUUGUUUAGGAUUUUGAACAUGGUAACAAAGCAAGGAGCAUUGUGGGCAAACACAUUGGGAUCUGUAGGUAAGUUUCCUGUUAGCAUUGGUUCCCAGCAGUAGUCAGCUGUCCGGUGCUUGCCAAUGCCUGUGAUAGUGUUACAUUGCUGGGAGAUCAAGACACUGCCAUACACUGCUUUCAGGCACUGUUGCUGUUCUUGUAACAUGUACCGCAGGCAAUAGGCAUGUCAUGCUUCCUUAACAAUGUGCCAAAUGCCUGAUUUGGCUUUUCUGGUGCUAUUCUGGAAGCACACAGGAUUUUGUUUAAUUAUAUGCCUGCAUGUGCAUUUUAUAAAUCAAUUUAAAGAUUUGCUCCAUGAACACUUCAGUGAUUUAAAGUGGUCAUGGUGCUUGGAGUCUGUAUGCUAUGCAUUUUGAUAUGGAUUUUAUCCCCCUUCUACCGCCGGUAAUGUCAUUGUGGUGUCAUCAGCCAGCCUGGAAAUAAGAGUUCUCGACUGACUGUCAUUUCUGUGUAACUUUCAUUGCACAGAAUGUCUGUCAUUAGCGAAGAGUAGUCAGCCAAUGAAUAGCGUGACCGUAUCACCAGGGAGAAGCGGGAACCCAGAUAAGGUAAACUGUUCCUGACCACUGCAUAAUCACUCCAGUGGGCAGCAACAGUUACAAUGCUUGGAGUAACCCUUUAAUAUAACAGUCAUGGAGUUUUCACUAAACUGAGAGUUGUUGAGAAUUGACUGGGGUAUUUCAGAUUUUGGAAAAGAAUAACCAAAUUAGAAGAAUCCUUAAGCUUGGCUAUUUUGGCAAACUAUUGAAAAGCACUGUGUGUGUUGAAUACUUAGGUCUGACAAUACAAGGCAAUAUUGGAAUAUACAAAUUGUAGGAAAUUAAAUGUAUUUAUUUUUUUAAAUUCUAAAUGUAUGUUGUUGUGAUUGACCGGUUACCUGCAAUUUUGGUUGCAGUAUUUUAAGAGCCUCCUACGUAUUCUAGAGUUAACCUCUUACCUGCCAAAUGCACUGUGACUUUUCUAGUAUCAAGGGUUAAACCUUGACCCGUUUGGAAGAGGUUGAACAGCUUAGGUGUGAUUUAGAUAAAGGCCCUCCUGUGACAUGUUUCUUGUUUAUCCAGCUGUGUUUGCUUAGAGCUGUGGAUGUAACCGUGAUUGAUACCAGAAUGUUCUAUCCAUGGCCCCCGGGUCAGUAUUGCUUAAAUAAAAUAUUGCCUAGUUUCUGUGCCAGUACAUAACUUACAAACUGUGGAAAGCAUACUGGUUACCCUUUUGUAGGGUUAUGGAUAGGAGAUGUUGCUUAUUUUUCUACACUCUCUGCACAUCAAGCUGGGAACACUGGAACAUUAGGGAAAACCUGUUUUUUGGGGUUUUGUUGGACUUCUUACAACUUGAGAUGCGCAACAGUAAUUUUUCUACUCUUGAAGGGUUAUUCACUGAAGUGAGUCCAAAGUAAACUUAAAGGACCACUAUAGUGCUAGGGUCUUUAGGUCCGUCCCACUCCCGCUGGGCUGAAGGGGUUAAAACACUUACCUUUCUCCAGCGCUGGGCUCACUUGGCGCCGGGCAACUCUCCUCCUGUCAACGUCUGCGCUGAAUGUGCAUGCGUGGCAAGAGCCGCCCGUGCAUUCAAACAGUCCAUAGUAAAGCAUUUCUUAAUGCUUUCCUAUGGACGUCCAGCGUCUUCUCACUGAUUUUCACCGUGAGAAGCGCCUCUAGCGGCUGUCAGUGAGACAGCCACUAGAGGCUGGAGUAACCCUAGUGUAAACAUAGCAGUUUCUCUGAAACUAUGUUUACAGCUGCAGGAUUAACACUAGAGGGACUUGGCACCCAUUGAGCCCAAGUGGUCUGGGUGCCUAUAGUGGUCCUUUAAUAUAUUGGGUUGAAUUAGCUAAACUGGGAAGAAUUCUCAGCCAGUUGGGUUUUUUUGCCCAAUAAAAUUCAACAUUAAAAUCUUUAAUAAAUAACCAUUUCAGUGACAGGACAUUCACUCUGCCACAAUUUCCCCAAACAAGUUGUUCAGUGCUGUAUGUGGCCAAAGGGAAAUCACUGCUUCCAUAUUACUUUACCAGCUGUAGAGCUAGCAAUUAAGAUAUCAUUGCUUUAGUGGCUAUUGGGUAACGUUUAACAAUUUUAUGUUUGCAAUAACUUUAAUUUUUUUUUUUUUUUUUUAUGUAGCUUUACUGUAUAGUGCAUUUGGGGUUAUCAUAGAGAAGACCCGGGGAGCAGAAGAUGAUCUCAACACCAUAGCAGCUGGCACAAUGACUGGGAUGCUGUACAAAUCUACAGGUACUGAAUUAUUUUACAAUGGUUUAGAAUAGGGAGCAGGCAAUUUACUAUAUAAUCUAUUGCAUUUGUUCCAUAGUUCACUCUGGGAGUUUUUACAAAUAACCUUCACUGCGUGGUAGAUUUUCCCCGAUGUCUCCAAAUAGUUUGGGCAGAUCUGGUCUGCACAAGUAACUGGAUAUUUUGUCUUUUUGCCCAAUGAAAUCCAUCAGUAAGACAUGCCACCCUACUGGUUAUGGAGCUAAGAUUGUUGCAGGUUUCUUCCUUGCCGUUACUGGUUUAAAGAAAUAUACAUAUGGUUUUAUGCCCCACUUUAUACAGUGACGGGGUGCACUUUAAUGUGUUGUUCUUUUUGCCAGCAGUAGUCAGCUAUCCAGCGCUUUCCCAUGCCUGUGAUCGUGUUACACUGCUGGCAGAUUAAAGCAUUACCACUGUAUGCUGGCUGUCAUUGUCAUCGUUCUGGUGACAUUUGGCACUAGUGUUAGGUGAUGCUGUGCUUCUUGAAAGUGCGCUGAUCCCUAGCGUCUAGCUGUUUUGGCGUUUAGUCUGGAAGUACACAUCUAUUGACUGUUUCUAAGAUCGUUUGUUCCACAUUUAAGUAAUCAAUAAGUCUUUCGUAGAUAUGGUCUUUAUACAAAAUAACACACUUGGGCACAGGUGAUUUGACAAGGAAAAUGCAAAAUGUUUUUCUUGUUUUUUAAAGUGAAUAUUUGUAGCAUAUUAUUGAUUCAUACAUAAAUGGAAGAUGUAAAAAGAAUUUUGUAGUAUAACCAUUCACAAGCAUUUUAAUAAGUACCUUUAUUUAAUGCUCGGCACGCCUCCAUCUUGCAUCACAUCCUUUGGUUGGACCAUUUAACUGGCUCAGAGCGCAUGUGCACUCUGAGCCGGCAAUUGAAAGAGAUGGAGGAUAGAACAAAUAAAAAUAUUCGAUUGGAUAGACACAAGGGAGGGUUGCAAUCUCAGUGGAAUACAAGAUUCACCUUUGCAAUGCGGACUGACAACACAUGUAAAAUAUGCACAGAAUUAACAUUAGGCAGCUGGUCACAUGUGCCCUGACCCACAAUUGCCAAUAACUCUGCAGUGUUUCAAUCAUUGUAGGCUCCUACCACUAUCACUAUUUCAAAAAGCAGAUAUGGUCAAGGUGGUGGUUCAUAUUCUCAUGUGUUUCUGGUUCAUUUAGGGAAAUCGUGGAACACUGUUUUUUAAGUGCCAGGUGGUGAUUUUUAAUGUUAAAGGGAUACUGUAGUGCCAGGAAUACAAAGCUGUAUUCCUGGCACUACUGAUUCCUCUGCCUCACGCCCCCUCCUACCUUAGUAAGUAAAGGGUUAAAACCCCUUUACUUACCUUAUCCCAGCGCUGAUAUCCCUUGGCUUUGGUUUGAAGCUCUGUUCCCUCCUCCGUCACGCUACGAGCGGGGUUUAAUGCGCAAUGUUUGUUUACCAAUGCAGCACUAAGUGCAAAAUGGUCACAGCACCCAGACCAAUUCAGUGAGCUGAAGUAGUCUGGGUGCCUACAGUGUCCCUUUAAAGUAGACUGUACAACAAAAGUCGGUAGAAAGCAGAUCUCUGGCUGUUACAGAACUGCUGUAACUCCCAUGAUGCUUUGCCAGCAUUCGGGCUAGUCUACAUGACUGCAUAUUCCCCCUAGCAUUUUUUUUACAUCACUUUUAUAGUUUUCUUAGCAGCAGUAAAUUUCAUAUUGGUGGAUCUAUGGAAUAAUUAUAACACCAACUAUAAUAGACAGAGGUCAGUGCAAUAGAUAUAACAAAGCAAUAUCUAGUCCGAAAUGGCUGCCAUCUGUGUUGCCAAUUUGUAGUAUCUGGUAUAUACUCCAGUAAUCUUCUGUAUUCUGUAACCACCAUUUUUAUUUUUACAUGUGGGACCAUGUCAAAUCAAAUGAUUCAUGCUCCAUCUAUGUUUUCGUAUUUUACACCAUUUUUCUCACAGCAAUGUGGAAAUCCAGUGUCUCAUUAGUUGUUUCACAAGUUCUUUGGAAUCCACAAUUGAAAUUCUGUAACUAUAAUCUUAUGCACCACCCUUAUAGUAACUCCGUUUAUUACUUUUCUUACAAUAAACCUGUCUUCACUGUUGCCUUUUAAUGGCUUAGCCAACAGCAUAGCUGAUAUACUCUGACUGUAGGAGCAUGUUAAAACGCUUUUACAACAAUUAACCAUCCAAUUCAAACACCACCUGACAUGUUUAUGGCUUUUACAGAAACACAGGAUAAAGUAAUGCUAUGUGCAAUUUUAUCAAAAAUAAAAUGGUGCAUAUUGUUCAGCAUUUUCCUUAAGUAUGUAUGUGCUAAGGUGAAAUGGCCUGUAUUAGUCAAUGCAAACAGGACCUUUGUCUCCUGUCAAUCAGAGAGCUCGAUCUAUCCAGUUUAAAUUCUUACCAUGCACAAUCUGGUCUGUGUACAAAAAUUUCUGUUUAAGUGCCAAAACUAGCUGAUUUGUAUACAUGCUUCUAACAAUUUAGUCAAUUUAUUUACAAUGACAUUUUUGCAUCUGGAUCAUUUUUUUUCCCCCCUAAUUCUGAUUUACUCUUUUUGUCGUUUUCACUCAACUAUGGUCAUUUCUUUAGCCUGACACUUUAAGCACCAGAACCGCUACAGCUUAAUAUGGUGCUUUUGGUACAGAGAGACUGCAUUGUUGAGGCUGCAGGAGUUUUUCUGAAAAGGCUGCAUUUACAUUCUUUGGUUACAUUUAAUGACUGUCAUGGUGACAACCACAAAGGCACUUCCUGGUGCAGUUCUGCGAUUUGUGCAGGCAUCCUCACUCUCUGAAGACGCUGGUCGCUCCAGAUAGAGAUUCUGGAGCCUGUGCCUCUCUAGGAAGAGAUGUUGACUGCGUGCAUGGAAAUUACCAUGCUGUGCUAGAGUCACCCCUGUUUGGAAGCAUUGGAUUGGCCUAAUGAUCUCAGCCUGAGCGGCACCUGCACUGAGACUGUUACAGCGAGGGGCUAAAGGGGAGUAAAAAAUACUUUGACUUUUCCAAAUGGGUCCAUACAUCUAAACUGGUAGUGAAACAUUGUAUUUCUACUGUUAGUGUUUCUUUAAAGAGUUACACCAACCUCCAUGAUCACUUCUGAUUUUAGAAAUGUUUGUGGUGGUAGGCACUGACUUGAGCAGGCUAGAUGUUAAAGGGACACUAUAGUCACCAAAACAACUUUAGCUUAAUGAAGCAGUUUUGGUGUAUAGAUCAUGUCCCUUCUGUUUUACUGCUCAAUUCUCUGCCAUUUAGGAGCUAAAACACUUUGUUUAUGCAUCCUAGUCACACCUCCCUGCAUGUGACUUACACAGCCUUCCUAAACACUUCCUGUAAAGAGUCAUCUAAUGUUUAAACUUCCUUUAUUGCAAAUUGUGUUUACUUUAAAAUUUCUUAUAUCCUACAUUAAUAGCUUGCUAGACCCUGCCAGAGCCUCCUGUGUGUCAUUAAAGUUUGAGUUAGAGGGCAGGCGAUAACAAAAAACAAAAACUUUUAAAGCAAGCUACAACUGAACUAAAAGUGAAUUUUUUUUAUUUAUUUUUUUAAUGCAGGCUGUGUGAGUUACAGCCAGGGAAGGUGUGGCUAGAACUAUAUGGACAGAAUUAAAAGUAAUUUAACUCCUAAAUGAUAGUGAAUUGAGCACUGAAACUUCAGAGGCAUGAUCUAUACACCAAAACUGCUUCAUUAAGAUAGUUAUUUUGGUAACUAUAGUGUCCCUUUAAUUCUGUGCAAAAAUUAGCUCUGUCAUCAGCGCAGGCUGCCAACAGAUGUUAUCAGCUCCUACUAUGGCAACCUUUGCUGGGAGCACACAUACAAGGUAAGCCUAGAGUGAUUUGCUGUGAUAUUGGCCGGGAAGAAUCACAUCCAGUGCAGGAUUCCAGUCAAGUUUGAUCUAUCAUAAGGAGAUUUUUUUUUUUUUUUUUUUAAAUUAAAGAAAUGGUAGUCCACAAGCUACAAUGCCCAGUAGGGCGUUUUAAAAUAAACGUAUCAUAAUGAAAGGGUUGGAGUAACCCAUUAAAUGUUUUCAUUUCUAAUACACCUCUAGGCAGUGGACUCCUUUCUACAAUACAGAGUCAAUUUUAAAGGAAGGUAUUCCUUUUUGUUAAUCUGCUUUUUGGGCAAGAUUGUAAUCAGUGUUUCCGUAAACACUGUUCAGUUUUCAGAAGAUAAAGACUCCUCGCACCAAACUUUAUUUUCACAUUCGGAUUCUUGCAUGAGAAAGCUUGUUAGUGGCUUCUUGUUUUGUUUUUGGUCAGUUAUUCAUUAUUUGCUUUUCAUACUGGAUUGUUCUCGCUGUGACAAAUUAAUCCUGAAAAAUUUAUUUUGUGGGUUUGUUUUUUUUUGUUUGUUUUUUAGCAAAAAAAAACUUUUUUUUCCCCUCCAAAAUGUAUGUAAUCACUAUUUUAGUCUGGGUUACGACAAGGAUUUUUGGGCUACUUGAAAUCUGUAAACAGGCUUAGAAUAACUUGAACGGUAAACGCGAGAAGACAGGUAAACACUGUCUAAUCCCAUCCAUCACAAGGAGAAAUGUUUGUUCUUCGUGGCUGUCUGUCACAGAAUGUGAAGUCAGCACAACUGUUACUGAACUUUGGCCUUGUGGGCUGUGCAUCUCUUUACUCUCCAGAUAAGGGAAGAAACCAUGUCUGAGCACAUUCGGGUCUGUUGACAUAGGAAUGUAAGCCUGUGAUAGCUGGGUAUACAAGGCGUUGCCUUUUAAGAGAAGUGGGAGCUAAAUGAAGUCCAGAAUUUCAUUUUCUGCCUAGCAACUGUGUAUUUUCCAGUGUGCUUAAUUGUCAGCAGUCUAGGAAAGCAGGGUCUGCAAUGGCUGUGAUUUAAAAAAAAUUGUGUGCUCAUUGAAAAACACUGCCUGUUUCAGUACUUGCUGUGACAGGCUUAACGUCCAUAGAGACACUCCAGACAUAUUAAGCAUUUCAUCUUGAUCUAGUGCUUUGUGUGUGUUUUAUCUUUUUAUUAUUAUUAUAACGUGAGCCAGAAACCUCUUUCUUUUGCUUCCAUUAAUUCCACACGGCUAGAGCUAGUCUGCCUGUCUACCUUCUCAAUGAGCUGUAUUACGUUAGGAACAUUGGCUAAUUUAUGUAUAGAGCAUGAUCUCAUUUUUCCCCUUAUGCUGUUUUCUGUUUAUGAAAAUACCUGGUAAUUCCCCAAUUUUUUUCUGGGUGUGUUAUUUAUUUAUUUAUUUAUUUUCAAUACAUAGUUCACGUUGGAUAUUAGGAUCAUUUUGCAUAGCACUGCCUUUGGUUGGUUUGGAGGAUUUUACACUGUGAUGAAACUGGCAGAAUUGUUUUGCCAGUAAAUAUAUAAUGUUAUGUACCUUCAUAGUUGCUCGUGUUGUCAGAGCACAAUUGUUGCAAUGUUUGCAAGUUCUCUUGGCAUUAGCUUAUUUCUUGAUCUGUGUCUGUAAACCUUUAGUGCAUUAGUGGAAUCUACACACCUCAAUCAAAUACUUAUAUUUCUACCUUACGUGUUAACUCACAAUGCCCCAGUGUCCGCAUGUUUAGGCUCCUUGCCAAGUACUUUCAAAGACCAUUAUUGCUGAAUUGAUUUAGGGAUUGAUUCAAUUGGAAGUAGGAACUCGUAGUCAAAGGUGCUGGUAGUCCGUAUCUCGAUGCUUCAUUCCAUUUUCAGUGGCUCCCCUGGUGUACGAACAUUUAUCGACUUUGUAAUUGAAUAUGAUUCCCUUAAGAAAUAUAAAGCUGUGACCUACACACUUUUUAAUUUUAUUUUUACCUGUAUGCAAUUUUCUCACAAAUGUAUAAUUUUAAAAUUUUAUCAACUACUGUAAUAUUUUGUAGUGGUUUUUUUUUUUUUUUUUUCAGUAACGUUUUUAAUUUAGUCCAGGAAAAUGAUGAUUGCAUGAUCUCCUAAAGAGAGUUUUUCAGAGUUUAACUUUUUAUUUAAUGUCAUGCAUUAAUAUUUGGACAUUUUAUUUCACAGCUGGAUUGCGAGGUGUUGCUCGAGGAGGUCUUGCCGGCUUGGCUCUUGCGAGCUCUUACGCACUGUAUAAUAACUGGCAGCACAUUAAAGGUUCUUCAACACGGAUGUCCUUAUAA